AUGCCUCAGUGGUCAGGUUUGGGGCUGUUUCUCCGUGCCAGUGCAUUGUUGCUAGCUAUGCCUAGAGGUGCCAGGUCCCAGGGUGAGUUCUGCCACCACUGGAUGGACAGCGCUCGGCUAUGGCAUGGAGGCUUCCAGUGUCCAGAGGGAUAUGAUAAGCCCACUGCUACUUUCUGCUGUGGGACCUGUUCUCUGCGCUACUGCUGUGCCACCCCUGAGGCUCGGCUGGAUCAGGGCCAGUGUCCAGAGGAUGCGCCCUGGGACUCCACAGAGGCUGUGCUCCCACCUCCAGAAGGAUCCAUCUACCUGCCCUUAGUGAUCGUGGGUGGCACCUUUGUCACUUUCAUCCUCUUGGGAAUCCUCGCUGGUAUUGCUUGCUUCCGGUGCCUUCGGUCUCAGAGAAGGGAGGAACUCUGCACUGCACCUCAGAGCCCUGAACCUACUGUGCAAAGCUCUAUUCCCAACUCCAGAAUAAAUGCCUCAGAAGGCCCACUGCUUCACUCCAAACCUGACGUGAGCCCCAUCCUGCCUUUUACCACUCAUGAAUACCCAGAGAGCACCAUCCUUACCAUCCCUACCUCAGUCACUAGGCCUCUCCACUGGCCCUUGCUCGGGCCCUCCCAGAUACCACCCCUAACUCCCAGUACAGCUAUUGUUGUAGCCCCUGCUCCCCUACUGGCUGGUGCAAUUUCUUAUGGACCAGCCUCUGCUGCACACCCCCUAGGUACAUCAUUCCAGGACCCCUUGCUGUAUCCUGAAGCUCAUUGUUGA